AUGGAAGCAGAAGGGGGAGCGGCAGCUGGGUGCUGCGAUGGGUUUGCAGGGAAGAGACUCUGUGGUCCUCUUCCGCCACCUCCUCUUUUGACACCAUUGGAAAGGUUUCUUUCGAGUUGCUGCCGAGAGGAGCCCGAUCAUGGAGAUCCACAGGGGUUGACUGAUGUCCUGCUUGGGGCAGUCGGCUUUUCUGCUAAUGGCAAUCUUGGGGCUUCAAACAACUCAUCGUUUUCUAAUGGUAAUUCUGCUGCAGCCAAUGUCGUGAAAGGGCAGUGGACAGCUGAGGAAGAUAGCAUGUUGGUUCGUCUGGUUAAGCAACAUGGCGUUAGGAAGUGGUCUCAGAUUGCCAAGAAUUUGGUUGGUAGGAUCGGGAAGCAGUGCAGAGAAAGAUGGCACAACCAUCUACGCCCUGACAUCAAGAAGGAUAUGUGGACCGAGGAAGAGGAGAAGCAACUAGUGGAAGCUCACAUGAGCUUUGGGAACAGAUGGGCUGAGAUCGCAAAGCAAAUCCCUGGCAGAUCCGAGAACUCCAUUAAGAACCACUGGAACGCCACCAAAAGAAAGCUGAACGCUAAGAGGAGGAGCAAGAGGAAGGCAACCAAAGGGGGAAGAUGUCCUCCCUCCGUUCUGCAAAACUACAUCCUGAGUAAGACUCGAGACCUCAGCAAAACAUGCAGCACCACCAAUACAACAACUGUGUCAAAACAAUUAGACACCCCAUACUGGCAACCGCACAACCCCUCAUCGGGUCAGGAUCCCACGAGCAGUGUGGAGGAGAGCUUUCCGUACAUACACGAAGUGUUGGAGCAGUCAUCGGUGCCUAACGGAAGCAUAGAGGAAGGAGGGAUUCAUGGAGGGGAAGCCCACAAUUCUUGCAAUCAUUAUUCGCUCGAUUUCCUGCACUUCGACGACGACGACUUCCUGCCUAUCGGUGAUGUGUGCCAAUGCAUGCAAUUGCCUUAUUCUGCACCUGAAACUAUCGCCAUUGACCCGGCUUGUCAUCGACCUAAUACAUGGUCUGAACUCUAUCCACCCUGUCUAUUCGAUGGAGCUCUUUCUUCAUCAACAGGCCUACUCGAGAUGGACAGUAAAUCCCAGAUCCUGAAAGAUCAAGCUUCUUCGAGUAGCAAGAGAGACUUGGAUCUGGUGGAGAUGAUGUCCUUGCAGUUCUCUUCCUCGCAGCGCAGCAGCAGCAGCAACAGCAUGUUACUGAGUUCUGAUCCAAAUUACUUGUGAUCGUCGAGUCUUUUGCUCUUCUCUUCCAUAUUGCAACAACCGGAAUUACGUGCAUGGGUCGUGCUUCCAUGCAUGCAUGCAUUGUAAUGCGCGUCAAUAGUACAGACUUACGUUAAGCUUCAAUACAUUGACAGAUAAGUCCCCAAAAGAAGACAAAGAUAGUUAGAGUUAGUGCACUUCUUUCUUGCUUGCUGCCUUUAUUCGCACAACUUUUGUCUCUACUUGAGGGCUUCGUGAUUUGUGUGAGCUUAAGCGUGAAAUGUGAGGUGAGGCGUCAACUACUGUAGUUAGCUUUCCCUAACGCGUCUUUGUUUUCCCCAUCUUUUCUGAAGUCACUGCCAAGCUCACAUUUCUGCACGAUUUAAGAUCACGAGUUCGAUCGGUCAUGGUGACUGAACUUGAGUGCUUCUUAGAGCUGUGAAUGUGUGUAAUCCAGUAAGUAUAUUACAUGGUACAGUUCAACCAAUUUACACAGUGAACGACAGUUCGUGGAUUCAAUUGGCCCAAUGGCUCCUAUCUUACGAAUCUUCUCUCACUAUGUAUAUGCGUAGCACAAUAAGUAGCAAAUUUAUGGAUGAUCACAAGCGACUAUGAAGCAACUGCAUAUAUCAACAUCAUGAAAGAGAAGGGGAAGCUUGUUCUCGGCAUGCAACGUGCUCUCCGACUUCCUUAGAUCUCCCUUCAUAGGAGAAGGAAGAUCGCAGGCGCUUAGAUCAAGAGAAGAACAAUUGGAGCGAUGGCGAGAAGCUCGAGGCAACUCGAAGAAGA